CUGAAGGAGAGUGGUGAGCAAAGGAAUGAAGGGGAGAGAGAGAGAAACUAAACUGGAAGCUUGAGUUUUGUGUAGCUUCUUGAAACCUUAUGAAUGGAUUACUAGCAGCUGGGAGCCAGGAGAGAUCUAUAGGGGAUGCAAGAUCAUCCGCACAGUAACAGGGGGAGAAAAGCACGGUGGAAUUCCUCCUUGCUGUGUUAUCCCUCCUUGCUGAACUGCAUGGGACCUGCAAGACUCCCAGGAGGUGAAGUCAAGGUCUCUCAGACUCAUAAGGUUAUCAGGACAUCAGACGGGCACCCCAAAGGAGAACUUUUUGGAGACUUGCAACCUACCAACAAGUUGGAAGGGGACUGAAACAAAAAACCUUCAACACCCGCCUCCCAAGGGAGCUGAGGGAGACGUUCUGACCUGCGCAGGUCAGGCUGGGAGCUGGAUGGGGACCUGGCUGAGAAGGAUAUCUGGAGACUGAAAGUUAAGUACCAGUUUGGAUUUCUUGUGCCCCCAGAUUCUUUUUGCAUUUUUAGGUGGUAAGCAUCAAAUUCUGUGUCUCUGGUUACAAGUUCUCCUGGGAUUUGUUGGAAGGUAAAUGCAUUUUAGAGUAAGAACUACAAAGAAAAAGUAACUCUUUCCAAAGAAGGAGAAAGGUGAAAGAAAUGCAAAUGAGAGGAUAACCUUCUUUUGAAUGACUUCAGGUGGUGAGGGCUGUGUCUGUGAAUGAGUGCGUGUUUGGGAGGGUUUGGCUCAUGUCCAUGUCCCUCUCCUAGUAUCAGCAGGGGGAGGAGCUAUUGAGGAAAGGACAAGAAAGAAAGGAAGGAAGGGAAAAAGGAAGGAAGGAAGGAAGAGAGGGAGGAAGGAAGGAGAAACCUGAGCUGUCUAGGAAGAAAUUCAAGGGAACCCAGAGAAAUGAACUUCAUUCUGCAAAGACUAAACUAGAGCUUAGUUUAGGAGAGAGAGGAAGGGUGGAAGGACGAGGAAGCACACGCACGGGGAGACACAGAGGCCACACUGGCACGACCCCCAGAGCAGGUUGCAGAACAAAAGACACUCUUCUGGGGCUGCUUGGAAAAGUUUGGUCCGUGAACAACACAGUUUCCCCGGCGACUGCAAAUUCACGGCCAGCCUUCUCUUUCUCUUCUCCCCAUCAUUCCAGUGUGGUACCCAGAAGUUGACUUCUGGUUCUUCAUAAAUUGCUGGGGGGAGGUAUGAUGUGCUUAAAGAUCCUGACACUAAGCCUGGUGAUUCUCGCUGGGGGGACACUCAGUACUGCCAGCUCUGAGCUUGGCGUGUCACGCAAGCAGUCACUGGCUCAGAGCGGUCCCCUGAACCAGGUGCUGUCGGGAGGAGAACGCUGCUGGCUGGGGGCCCAACUUCAAAGACCCAGAGCUGCUCCCCAGCAUCACCUCUUUGGGGUCUACCCCAGCAGGCCUGGGAGCUACCUGAGGCCCUACCCUGUGGGGGAUCAGGACACCCGCCAUGCAGGACGCAGUAAGUCAGACGCCGAGGCGACGGCUGCGCACCACCGUCCCCCAGACCCAGAUGCAAGUGCGGGAGUGAGGAGUGAGGCUGAACGGCUGGCCGCCCGGCAGGUCGGGGGUGGUCCUACUGGGCAAGCUGAGCUUCUGGGAGACAGUGACACUUAUCUUGGUGAACGAGGAUCCAAGGAGCCUCUAGGUAAGGCUGGGACUCAGGAAAACUCAGCCACGGCUGCCACCAUUACCACCUUCACAUACCCGAAGGAGCCCAAACCAGUGACCCGAAGGAAGGGCUGGAUGAAGACCAGGCGGCGGCGCCAGGUGGCGAAGAAGCAGGCAGAGGGCAUCCGGGGAGACCCUGAUGUCUCUCCCCGGCAUUUCCAACCUUGGCCCAAGCACCCCCUUGUGCACGGGGUCAGAACCAGUCCAUUGGAGGACAGCACCCCGAACGGGGAGGACCCCUACUGGGAGGCCGAGACCUUGAGCCCCCACGGAGGACUGCCUGUCCUGUACUUCUCCGGGAGGCGGGAGCGGCUGAUGCUGCGUCCAGAAGUGCUGGCUGAGAUUCCCCGGGAGGCGUUCACAGUGGAAGCCUGGGUGAAGCCGGAGGGAGGACAGAACAACCCAGCCGUCAUCGCAGGUGUGUUCGAUAACUGCUCCCACACUGUCAGUGACAAGGGCUGGGCCCUGGGUAUCCGCUCAGGGAAGGACACGGGAAGGCGAGAUGCCCGCUUCUUCUUCUCCCUUCGCACUGACCGUGUGAAGAAAGCCACCACUGUGACUGGCCGUCGUCGCUACCAACUAGGCAUGUGGACACACGUGGCAGCCACGUAUGAUGGACAGCGUAUGGCCCUGUAUAUAGAUGGCACUCGGGUGGCUAGUAGUCCAGACCAGUCUGGUCCCCUGAAUAGCCCCUUCAUGGCAUCCUGUCGCUCUUUGCUCCUGGGCGGGGAUAGCUCUGAGAACGGGCACUAUUUUCGUGGACACGUGGGCACCUUGGUCUUCUGGUCAAAGGCCCUCUCACAGACCCACCUGCAGCAUAGUCCUCAGCAUCUGAGUGGAGUGGAGGAGUUCACCAGCCUGCUCCUGACAGCCAGUUUUGAGCCCCUAGAAGAACAGUGGUCCCUGUUUAGAGAUGGGAAGUACCCGCGGCUUGAAGUUCUCCAGGGCUUCGAGCGAGAGCCUGAGAUUCUGUCACCUCUGCAGCCCCCACUCUGCGGGCGAACAGCUUGUGACAAUGUGGAACUGAUCUCCCAGUACAACAGGCACCGGCCCCUUCAGGGAGAGAAGGUGAUACGCUACCAGGUGGUGAAUAUCUGUGAUGAUGAGGGCCGGAACCCCACCGUGAGCGAGGAGCAGAUCCAUCGGCAGCACGAGGUGCUGAACAAAGCCUUCAGCCGCUACAACAUCAGCUGGCAGCUAAGUGUUCACGAGGUCCACAACUCCACCCUGCGCCACCGGGUUGUGCUUGUAAACUGUGAGCCCAGCAAGAUCGGCAAUGACCACUGUGACCCUGAGUGUGAGCACCCACUCACGGGCUAUGAUGGGGGUGACUGCCGCCUGCAAGGCCGGUGCUACUCCUGGAACCGCAGGGAUGGGCUCUGCCACGUGGAGUGCAACAACAUGCUGAAUGACUUUGAUGAUGGGGACUGCUGCGACCCGGAGGUGGCUGAUGUGCACAAGACCUGCUUCGACCCUGACUCACCCAGGAGGGCAUACCUGAGCGUGAAGGAGCUGAAGGAGGCCCUGCAGCCCAACAGCACCCACUUCCUCAAUGUCUACUUCGCCAGCUCCGUGCGGGAAGACCUCGCAGGUGCCGCCACCUGGCCUUGGGACAAAGAGGCCACCAGCCACCUGGGUGGUGUUGUUCUCAACCCAGCCUAUUAUGGCAUGCCUGGCCAUACCAACAUCAUGAUCCAUGAAGUGGGGCAUGUCCUGGGACUCUACCAUGUCUUCAAAGGGGUCAGUGAAAGAGAAUCCUGCGAUGACCCCUGCAGGGAGACGGUGCCAUCGAUGGAUACGGGAGACCUCUGUGCCGACACUGCCCCUACUCCCAAGAGUAAACUGUGCCAGGACCCAGAGCCUACCAACGACACCUGUGGCUUCACCCACUUCCCAGGGGCUCCAUUCAACAACUACAUGAGCUAUACAGAUGAUGACUGUACUGACAGCUUCACCCCUAACCAGGUGGCCCGGAUGCAUUGCUAUUUGGACCUGGUGUAUCAGCAAUGGAGUCAAAGCCGAAAGCCCACCCCCAUUCCCAUCCCACCCAUGGUCAUCGGGCAGACCCACAAGUCCCUCACUAUCCACUGGCUGCCUCCAAUUAGUGGAGUUGUGUAUGACAGGGCCCCCGGCAGUGUAUGCGGCGCCUGCACUGAAGAUGGGACGUUCCGUCAGUAUGUGCACACAGCUUCCUCCCGGCGCGUGUGUGACUCCUCAGGUUACUGGACUCCAGAGGAGGCUGUGGGGCCUCCAGAUGUGGAUCAGCCCUGUGAGCCGAGCUUACAGGCCUGGAGUCCUGAACUCCAUCUGUACCACAUGAACAUGACAGUCCCCUGUCCCGUGGAAGGCUGCAGCCUGGAGCUGUUCUUCCAGCACCCGGUCCAAGCUGACACCCUCACCCUAUGGGUCACCUACCUCUCCAUGGACUCUUCCCAGGCACUCUUUGACACUGAGAUCUUGUUGGAACACCAGGAGUCUGUGCACCUGGGCCCCUUGCACACUUUCUGUGACACCCCACUCACGAUCAAACUUCACGUGGAUGGGAAGGUCCUGGGGGUGAAAGUCUACACCUUGGAUGAGCGGAUGGAGAUUGAUGCAGCUCUGCUGACGUCUCAGCCCCACAGCCCUCUGUGCUCCGGCUGCAGACCUGUGCAGUACCAGGUGCUCCGGGAGCCCCCAUUUGCCAGUGGCUUGCCAGUGGUGGUGACACAUCCUCACAGGAAGUUCACUGACGUGGAGGUCACACCUGGGCAGAUAUAUCGGUACCAAGUUCGAGCUGGAGCUGGAGCAGAACUGGGAGAAGCUUCGCCUCCUCUGAGCCACAUCCACGGAGCUCCUUAUUGUGGAGAUGGGAAGGUGGCAAGGAGCCUGGGAGAAGAGUGUGAUGAUGGAGACCUUUUGAGUGGAGAUGGCUGCUCAAGGGCAUGUGAGCUGGAGGAAGGCUUCAACUGUGUAGGGGAGCCAAGCCUGUGCUACAUCUAUGAGGGAGAUGGGGUGUGUGAGCCUUUUGAGAAGGAAACCAGCAUUGUAGACUGUGGCCUCUACACUCCCAAAGGGUACACGGAUCAGUGGGCUGCCCAAGCAUACUCCUCUCACGAAGACCAGAAGAAGUGUCCUGUUUCCUUGGUCACUGGAGAACCUCAUUCCAUGAUUUGCACAUCAUACCAUCCGGAUUUGCCAGAGCACCAUCCUCUUACUGGCUGGUUUCCCUGUGUCACCAGUGGAAAGAGACCUCAGGAUGAAGGGUGUGAGCAGCCAGAAGGUAGCCUGCAGAGAGAGGAUGAGAUUUGGCUCAAAGUAUGUUUCAAUAGACCAGGAAUGGCCGUGGCAAUUUUCAUUUUCUUGAUGUCUGAUGGUCUGGCACCUGGGGAGCAUCAGCGGCCAACGGUGACCGUGCAUCUGACCGAUGUCAGUGGAAACAACCACUUUCUUGGGACCUACGAACUGUCGUGCCAGCAUAAUCCACUGGUUAUCAAUGUGACGCAUCACCCGAAUGUCCUUUCCUGCCCUACCACCUCUGUGCUGCUGGAUUUCUCAUCCGCGCUGGUGGGCAUCUCGGCAGUGGCUCUAAGGACAUCUUCGUGCAUGAGUCCUCCGGCUCCCAGUAACUGUAUCCCAGAGCACAAGGGGCAAAAUCAUCAGGGACAGAGCUGCGUCCACCCGCCCUGUGGGGAGCAGGGCAGCUGUGCGCCGUUGCUGCUGGACCAUGCAGAUAAGAUGAACUGUACCUCUGGUGGCUCGGGUCACAUGAAGUGUGCUGUCACCUGCCAAAGGGGCUUUGCCCUGCAGGCCAGCAGUGGGCAGUACCUCAGGCCCUUGCAGAAGGAAACUGUGCUCACAUGUUCCUCGGGGCACUGGGACCGGGCUGUGAGCUGCAUGCCCCUUGACUGUGGCAUUCCUGAUGGGUCUUUGGUGAGCUACGCAACCUUCUCCUGCUCAGAGGGAACGGACUUCCUAAAACGCUGCUUCAUCUCCUGUGUCGCGCCAGCCAAGCUUCAAGGACUGAGCCGGUGGCUGACCUGUCUGGAAGAUGGGCUCUGGUCUCUGCCCGAAGCCUACUGCAAGUUGGAGUGUGAUGUUCCCCCUGUGAUCCCAAAUGCCGACUUGCUUCUGCCUCGCUGUCUCCAGGGUAACCAUGAUGUGGGCUCCGUCUGCAGAUAUGAAUGCAAACCUGGCUACUACGCCGUGGAAAGCGCAGAGACUAAAGUCAGGAAUAAGUUCCUGAAGAUACAGUGCCUGGAAAGUGGAGCCUGGGAGCCAGGCAACUGUGCUCCAGUGGUGUGUAAGCCCCCUUCUCCGGUCUUUGAAGGCAUGUAUGAAUGUACCAAUGGCUUUGAGCUCGACAGCCAGUGUGUGCUCAAAUGUAACCAGGAAACUGAAAGGCGUCCCAUCCUUUGCACUAAGGAGGGGCUGUGGACUGAGGAGUUUAAGUUGUGUGAGAACCUCCAAGGCGAAUGCCCACCACCCCCCUCGGAGCUGAAUUUUGUGGAGUACAAGUGUGAACAGGGAUACGGGAUUGGUGCAGUGUGCUCCCCAUCGUGUAUAAUCCCCCCCAGUGAUCCCGUUAUUCUGCCUGAGAACAUCACUACUGACGCUUUGGAGCACUGGAUGGAACCAAUCAAAGUCCAGAGCAUCGUGUGCACUGGGCGGCGUCAUUGGAACCCCGAACCCUUCCUGGUCCACUGCAUCCAGUCGUGCGAGCCUUUCCAAGCAGAUGGUUGGUGUGAUACUAUCAACAACCGGGCCUACUGCCAUUACGAUGGGGGUGACUGCUGCUCUUCCACACUGUCCUCCAAGAAGGUCAUUCCAUUUGCUGCUGACUGUGACCUGGAUGAAUGCACCUGUCUAGACCCCAAGGCUGAAGAAAAUCAGUAACUGUGGGUUCAAGCCCCUCCUUCCACUGCCAUGGAGGCAGUAAGAAAGAAAAGCCUCCACAAAAGCAGAAGGUGAAUGAAGAAGGAAGGUCCUAUAAUGAAGGAAGGAAGAAGAAUACAAAGAAUCUUGUAGGUGCCAACUAUUGCAUCAAGCAGCCCAAAUAGGGAAGAAUCAUAGGCAAAAGUUUCUUCAGAGGCAGUUGACGAAAAGUGGAAGGAGAAAUCUGACAGCUGUACCAGGACCCUCACCCCAUUUAUAUCCUGUCCAACCCCAUUCUCAACUCUUGCCUCCCCACUCUUCAUCCUGCCAAUCGUUCAGCCCCACCCGACUUGUAAACCAAUACCAAAAUAUUAGAGCAGAAGCUGCCAGGGACACUUUGUUAAUACCCAUUUUUAAUGGAUUGCCAUUUUUCAGGGCUCGCCUACUCCAAACUGGCUCUUUCCCUCUCUUUUGUGUAGUCUCCCUUCGUAAUAAUGAGGUUAGUUAUUAAUUCUUUAUAAGUAUUUAAACAUAAUUAUAUAAAUAUAUUAUAUAUAUUAUAUUUUUUGCUGUCUACUAAGCUAAAAAUUAUACAUUGUUCCACACAUGCUGCUGUGAAGUUCACAUCCAAAAUGAAUGCUGAGAGUUUGAGGACAGAAAUAUAGGCUCUGCCAUCUUUCUAAUGAUGGGGAUCGGCAGGUUGGGAGGGAAGCGGAGGAGAGAGAGAUUAAAUGGAGUUCUUGAUGCUAACAUGUCAGCUAAUCGUGUUUUUAUGAGCCGGGAGCUGGACCCAGGCAAAGGAGAUGAGGAGCAUGGAAAGUUGGGUGGAAGGAACCAUUGGUGAUGGGUCCAGGAGUUCUAGACUAUGGCUCUUGAGUAUCCAUCCAAAAAUAUAUAUAAAAUACAUUCACUCAUUUUCAAUUGUCAGAACUCUUAGCUGAGUUGGUGAGACCCAGGAUUUUCCAUACCUCCAUAUAUGCCUUUCCAAGUGUGGCUCUCACCAGCCUGUCAACAAGUUUGUAUGAGGGCCCUUUCUCGGAUCAUCAGGAUUGUAGGAACUCACACAUGCCUCAUACUUGGCCUGUGUGGUCUCACUCAUUCUGAGCUCUAUAGCCUGGCCAUCAUUCACAGACAUGUGACCAACUGUUGAUUUUUCUGGGGGGAAAAUGUUAAGGAAAAUGGCAUAGGGGAAAGGUGGGAGGAGAUGGAAGAACAUGCAGGGAUGGAGGGACCAAGGGAGAACGUAGAGCUGGGAGAGGUCAGGGCUCGAUCAGAGCCCAGGGCAAAAGGAUGAGGAUGAAGGGAGUCAAGGAGACAGCCUUGUUCCAAGCCGGCCAGAGGGGAUCAUCUUCGAAUCAAUGCAGAAUCUAUAGCAAAUUCUAUUUGAGUGUCAUGUAUAAAAUCUGUGACCCAGAGAUUUCCAUUUGUGCGAGCUAUGGAAACACAUGGAGCAAGGGUGACACUCUGUGGGGAGAGAGAAGAAUUUCAACAAUUUAGAGUACAUCUUGUUGUCUUCCUUUCUUGUUCAAUAAAUGGACUGUGUGUGAAAUGACCACAUUAACCUGCCUGUCGUUACAUCCCAGGCUUGCUCUUUUUGCACGUGGUCUAUGACAGCUGUUUGUUGGUUAAAAAAUUGGGCCUUGAGGAAAGAGAGAAAGUGGCUAAUUUCUUGCUCAACACCCUGGUUGAUCAUCUCAGGAAGGGCUGGGAGGCUGGCCUACCUCAAAGCUUCUUCUCCAUUGGAAACAAAAAACAGGCAGGCGUUAGAGUGCAGCCUUGGUCUCUCUGGGUCAUGUGUUCUUUGGCCCUGACCACAAGUUUUCUACUCUUCCCAUCAACACAGAGACAAUGGCUCUGCAAAUAGGAAGAGGAAGUACUACCCACCAUUAUUGUGAAACAGACUUCAUGUAGGAAAGAACAAUAUUCUGGAAUAGAAUGAAAAGAAGGGGAUACAGACAUGCUAAUCUGUGGGGAUAUGAAAUGAGGGUGGCAAAGUCAUUGGGGAAAGGAAAGAGAAUUUGCUCAUCCACAAAACACUUGUCCUCUCUAUUCCUAGCCAUACUGUGCAUUGUCUGGAUUCACAUGGAGUGGCCCCAAGAAAUGAAUGAGUAUGUCUACCUGGGAUUCUGAUAGGUCUCAAUAUGGAAGGGAUAGUGAAACCAUUCAGAUUGUCCAUUUUUUGAAGAAAAUUGUAAAUUAUUUUGUGGGGAGAGUGUCCAAAUUCUUGGAAGCAUGUCAGUUCUGUGUAGGGCAUUCCUGCACUUUCUGAGGCUGAGGCAAUGGAAUAGUUAUCCUGGGCAUCGUCCAGCUCAGGAAGACCACAGCUCCCCACGUUAAGCAUGUGCAGGCUGUGGUUCAGGCCAGUGGGACCUCCUCCACGGGAGUAACAGAACAUUUCUCUUUCCAAACUUCAUUUAAAAAUAUUGUAUUCUCCAUUGGCAACAUGUGUAAUCCACCACUGCCCUGGGAAGGCAAGGGGACCAGUUCCUGUGGCAGGUAGAAAGCCCCUCAGGCUGAAGGCUGCCAAGCGGCAGUCAGCUCCGAGCAUUCCCAGAUUGCAGGUUUUCCAGCCCUUGCCCCUGGAGCCUAAUGUCUUAAGCUCCUAGAUCACUAUUAAAGCUGAAGGCCUGAGACACCAUGGUCACGGAUCCCCAGUGGAACCAACUCACCCUCAUUCUACGUGCAUUUUGCUGCUCUUACCUACACAUGGGGUUACAGAGGGCCUCUCCUAAAGGCCCCUCUGUCUGUCUGUUCAAAAUAACUUCUCUGUUUCCUGUUUUCCUAGUAACUAGGGGCGCUGGUGCUCAAAUUGCCCGGGGUGAGCUGAAUCUGAUUAGUGUGACAGCCCCCAACCAAAGAGGUACGAGAACAGAUCGAGGAACAUGGACAGUAGGCGAAGUUGUACGUGAAAGCAGAAAGCUGUUCUUGAUUCUCUCCUUCCAUUCCAUCCGUUACGAGGCAUAGGCUUGGCACUCACCCCCCUCUAUCAUGUGAGAUCACUAUUGAGUGCGUCAGUCAGCGCCCCAAGGGGAUGGCUUGCUUAGGAACACAGUGAAAGGAGUUGAUCUACUGUAUUGUAACGUAAAACAGCUACAGCCAGUUAUUUUGUAAGGUUAUAAGAUGUUCAUUAAAAAAUCAGCACACAAAA